CCCUAGUCUUUCUCUUUAUGAAGAAAAAGAAAAAACAAGAUGUCGGUUAACUACGCGUCAGGGCUGUCGGACUAUCCCAACAAAGGAAAAUGCGGCUUACCAGAGGUUUUUGACUCCGAGUCGGAUUUAGCUUCCAAGGUGUCCCAUCUAGCCGAGAUGAUUCGAGCGGCCAAACGCGUUGUCGUUCACACUGGGGCCGGUGUUAGCACGGCUGCUGGAAUACCCGACUUCAGAGGCCCUAAGGGCGUGUGGACGCUAGAAGAGAAAGGGAUAACCCCUAAGAUAGACGUGUCGUUUGAUAGUGCGGCCCCGACUUUAACUCAUAUGGCCAUCGUGAAGCUCCAAGAAGAGGGACUUGUCCAUUAUGUUAUCAGUCAGAACGUAGACGGAUUGCAUUUGAAAUCCGGAUAUCCAAGGUCAAAGUUGUCAGAACUUCAUGGUAACAUGUUUGUUGAGAAAUGUGAUAAAUGUGAUAAAGAGUACGUCCGGACGACUGCAGUGGCAAGUGUUGGACAGAAGCGCAGCGGACGAGCCUGCACUCAGACCAGACAGCGGGGUUCUUGCAGGGGCAAACUAUGUGAUACCAUACUGGACUGGGAACAUAAUCUGCCAUAUAAUGACUUGGUUAAUGCUGAAAAAAACUCAAGAGAGGCUGAUCUUGCCUUGUGCUUGGGUUCAUCUCUUCAAAUUUUGCCCAGUGGUAACCUUCCAGUGCUAACCAUCAAGAAUGGUGGCAAGCUGGUCAUUGUCAAUCUUCAGAGAACAAAACAUGACAAAAAAGCCGAUCUUAAGAUCAACUACUAUGUUGACGACGUUAUGAAACAGUUGAUGGAAAAUCUUGAACUAGAGAUUCCGCAAUACACCGGGUUUGAUCCUGUGGGUUUAGGUUACUCUGUAUUGGAUACUAAACCAACAAUCUCAGAAUCUGAAUCCGAGGAUGAAGGCGAUGGAAACGACUUAGACAUCAUGGAACCUUGUAACAACCAAAAACAUUUCCCAAAUUUAAAUACUGGUACGGCUGCAAGCUCUGAACUUUUGGUUGGAGAUAAGAGAAGAGAAAGUGACUCUUGCAAAGGACAGAAGUCUUCCGAGGAGAUAAUGAACUCUAAAAAUGGAUAUUUAGAAGACAGCUACUGGGAUAAAGAACCAGUGUCUAAAAGAUUGAAACAAGAGUUCGAUUGGUAACGGUGCAAGUAGUUUACUAAGUUAUAUAACAUUCUUUAUUCUGUACUAACUAGACUUGUACUAGACAUACUGACUGGUUGUCCUGUGGCGGGUUAUCGAAAUUGUGACGUCACAUGAAGCUCCUCUUCACGGUUUAUUUCCGAGUAUAGGAAAACCGGUCAUAAUGCCUUGUACUUAUUUGAUCCUGGAAACGUUCACAGUCAUAUUUAUCGUUCUCUUUUUCUGAAGUUUCCAAUAUUCUUCACUCUUGCAUUCUAGACUUCGCCAUUCAAAUUCAAAAUUGAUUUUGUUCUUUCUGAUUGGUCAGUCGUGUAAGUAUUAAUCAAUGACAGCUCUUAGAAUAGGCUUUGAUGGACGACAGCUGUUCUGUGCAAGUCGAUUAUUGGAAAUCGUUUUUGGUUCCUCUAAACUUCUAGAUUAGUAGCUGUAUCGGGUUGUGGCAGAUUUAUUAAUCAUACAACUGUUAAAUUCUCGAGCAUUCUACUAAAAGCAGUACAAGUAACGUUCAUUCAAUUUACAUCUUGGCAACACACUUGUUUAUUCAUUUUCUGGGUUAUUCUAAGCCUUACUUUAUCCUUUAUUUAUUUAUUUAUUUAUUUAUUUAUUUUUCUUGUGAUUCCACUAUUGUCAAGUUGAGAAAGGCAUUAAAAAGAAAAACAUCGAUAUUAUUAUCUAAUUAUUUAACCCCUCUGAUUUGUCAACAGAGACGUACGUGAACUCGUGCAAAACGUCUCUGAAGAAUUUAGAGCGGAUGGCCUGUUAAAUAGCGCGGAUUCUAAUAUAUAUUCUUUUGUCUCUUAACGGUUGAGGUUUCCGUCGGCCCUUUGGAAGUAAACUGGUGACAACUACAAUUUUUUAUAUAAGAAAUUUUGGGGGAUAUUUUCUAUCGACAUUGUUAACUAUAUAUUUGCACAGAAUUAGGAUUUUUUUUAGGUCCGGCCCACAAACGGUAUUAUAUAACAUUUGUGAGCCUGAGUCACUACAAACCACAAACUAGCUAUCGAAACAGGACGUCACACAAAACCUCCUCCUGAACAAAGAAUGUGCCCAAUAUGCUCGAGGACGAGGAACACUUUAUGAUAAAAUGCCCGGCAUAUAAUGAAUCGAGGGAACAAAGUAUAGGGUUUUUCAAUCCGCAACAAAACAGAAUCUAAAAGCAAUGCCUCCUGCCAUAGCAUUUUUAAGGUGAUUAGUUUGAAACAGGAGAGUGCAACCAAAAAAGAAAUAGCUAAAUUUGUUUGGGAAGCAACAAAAAUAAUGGAAAGUGCUUUGUAAUGAGAAUUAUAUAAUAACAUCGCUACAAAGUACGAUGAUAGAGAAAUUAUUGUAAAUAGGAAUAUAAUUGAAAACCAGUUGUUAAUUAAUAUGAAUGUAUUUGGAGCAACGCCUGUGAAUCGAAGAUUAAAAGGUGCCAAAUAAAAUAAUUGAAUUGAAAUUGA